GGAAGUGAUAACUAUUUUAAAAUUUUCUGUUGUAGUUUCUGACACGGUAACCAUCAGCAGCUAUCGCCCAUGUAAAACAAGCUCUUUAUGGGUGCUCAGCACUGUUGAAGGGUUAAAAGAGGUCCUGAGACAGGAAAGCUUGGGAGCUGCUUUCUCUCCUAACUACAGCGUCGAAUUACAGUAAUGAGCUUACCUUCUGUAGGGGUCCCUUUGGGGCUUGCUGUCUUCACCGUGUGCCGUCUUUCUAUCAAUGUGUGGAAUCUGAACAGAAUGUGUUUUUUCCCCGUGCUGUCCCAGUCCUGCUACAGAGCAGUGUUGUAGAAGGAGUUGAAGAAUAUUUUUUGACUAUGAUUAGGUUUGUGAUCCUCUUCCAAGGACCUUUUUGAUUAUAAAGGAAGGCUUAUUGAUGUGUUUUUGAGUUUACUGCAUGUUGCCUGCACUUACUCUUUUUUUUUUUUAAUUUUUAUUGUGCUUUAAGUGAGAGUUUACAAACCAAGUCAGCCUCUCAUACAAAAACUUACGUAUACCUUGCAGUAUACUCCUAGUUGCUCUCCCUCUGAGACAGCACGCUCCUUCCCUCCACUCUAUUUUCGCUGCACUUACUCUUUUAACCACAAGAUGGUGCCUUUGCUCUGAUAUGCCUGAAGGCUGACUUAGUUUUGGAGAUUUCCUAAGAAAGAUAGGUGUGCAAUUUGAUACGGACUGCUUUUUUGUCAAUUUAAGAUCAUCGUGCUUGUAAAUUACUCUGCUCAGAAAAGUACCUUGUCUUCCUUUCAGGUCAGCAUGGCCUUAUCUUAAGGUAGAAUGAGGUCAGUGGCUAAGCACUCAGCUGUUAACCAGCAGAUCAGUGGUUCAAACCCUCCAGCCGCUCUGUGGGAGAAAGACACGGACAGCCUGCUUCCAUAAAGAUUUACAGCCUUGGAAACCAUAAGGGGCAGUUCUGCCUUAUCCUAUAGGGUCACUGUGAGUUGAAAUUGACUCAACAGCAGUGGGUAUAUGCUAGCACUUGGGUGUUCUUGGUGGACAGAGCAGAGAGGAACCAUGUCCUCACGAGUUUACAGUGUGCUAUCACUUCCUGCUACUAGUUUUAAUUUCGUGGGCAUUAGUGGAAACUGUUGCUCAAGUUACACUUUUUUAUCUGAAAAAAAAAAAAAAAAGGAAUAGGCUUUUCCUUUUUUUGGUGCAUAAUCCUGCCCAGUCUUUUGAUUGCAUCUCCCAGUUGUUCAGGAGAGGAGGAGGCCCUGGGAGGAGAGAGAAGUUGUCUGGAGCUGCAGUGUAAUUGGCAGUAGAACUGGAAUUAGAAUUAAGCUUGAGUCCUGAAGAUGUGCCCAGAGACUGUGGACUGUGCCAUGUGGCCUCCAGGAGGUGGGCGAGUCUCUUCUUAGAAGCACGAUACUAAACAACUCGUGGAGUAAAACCAGGUUGCUGCUAUGCCAGAGGGUGAUGGCUGCAGGCAGUUCCGACCAAGGGAGAGGCUAAGAAGGACGCCUGUAUGAAAACUGAGCUGCUGAAAGACGACGUACCGAUGGCUGCUGAUGAAGGCUCAGCAGAGCAGCAGGGAGGAGAGGCCCACACGGCUGCAGAUGGCGAAACCAACGGGUCCUGUGAAAAACACGAUGCCAGCAGUCAUCCAAAUGCAGCGAAGCACACUCAGGAGAAUGCGAAAGCCAGCCCACAGGAAGGCGCCAACACACUGGCCCGAAUUGCCGAGAACGGGAUCUCGGAACGAGACGUGGAGGCGGGAAAACAGAACCACGUGAGAGCUGACGAGCUCACCCAGACUGCCGUUGUCGGGAGCAAUGGGUUCUUCCUUGCUAAGCCGGCCCUGCAGGGGCAGCCCCUGAGGACUAGUGGCCCCUCGGCCCCCCCACUACCUGGCCAUGCCGCGAAGACCCUGCCCGGAGGAGCUGGGAAAGGGAGGACUCCAGGCACUUUUUCUCAGAUGCAAGCCACAGUGCCAGCCAGGCUCGGGGAGGGGAGCCGAGAUGCAGAUGACAAAACGGCGCCGGCCCCGGGCCCUGACGUCAAGGUCCACCGUGCCCGGAAGACCAUGCCGAAGUCCGUCCUGGGCCUGCAUGCAGCCAGUAAGGAGCCUCGAGAAGUUCGAGAAGCCAGAGACCACAAGGAGCUGAAGGAGGAGAUCAACAGGGACAUGGCUGAUUUUGGGAGACAGCAGCUCUUACCCCCAUUUCCGCCCCUGCAUCAGUCGCUACCUCAGAACCAGUGCUACGUGGCCACUGCGAAGUCCCAGACAGCUUGCUUGCCUUUUGUUUUAGCAGCUGCAGUAUCUCGGAAGAAAAAACGAAGAAUGGGAACCUAUAGCCUGGUUCCUAAGAAAAAGACCAAAGUAUUAAAACAGAGGACGGUGAUUGAGAUGUUUAAGAGUAUAACUCAUUCCACUGUGGGUUCCAAGAGUGAGAAGGACCUGGGUGACAGCACCCUGCAUGUGAAUGGAGAGAGUCUGGAGAUGGACUCAGAAGAGGAUGACUCCGAGGAGCUUGACGAGGAUGAUGAACAUGGGGCAGAGCAGGUGGCAGCAUUCCCCACGGAGGACAGCCGGACUUCCAAAGAGAGCAUGUCGGAGACCGACCGGGCCCAGAAGAUGGAUGGCGAGUCAGAAGAGGAGCCAGAGUCAGCAGACACCGGCGAGGAAGAGGAAGAUGGGGAUGAGUCUGACUUGAGUUCUGAAUCCAGCAUUAAGAAGAAAUUUCUCAAAAGGAAAGGGAAGACUGACAGCCCUUGGAUCAAACCAGCCAGGAAAAGGCGGCGGAGGAACAAGAAGAAGCAAAUUGGAGAGCUAGGUUCUGAGACGUCUAAAUCAUCUUCAGGAAGUACAGAGCAGACUGCCCCUGGAGACAGCAUGGGGUACAUGGAAGUUCCCCUGGAUUCUCUGGACCUGCGUGUCAAAGGGAUCCUGUCCUCACAAGUAGAAGGGCUGGCCAACGGUCCUGGAGCGGCAGACGCGGAUGGCCUCCAGGAAGUACCUCUGUGCAGCUGCCGGAUGGAAACCCCGAAGAGCCGAGAGAUCACCACCCUGGCCAACAGCCAGUGCAUGGCCACUGAGAGCGUGGACCACGAGCUGGGCCGGUGCACCAAUAGCGUGGCCAAAUUUGAGCUGAUGCGCCCAUCCAACAGAGUGCCGCUCCUGGUGCUGUGCGAGGACCACAGGGCGCGGAUGGUGAAGCACCAGUGCUGCCCGGGCUGCGGCUACUUCUGCACGGCGGGUAAUUUCAUGGAGUGCCAGCCCGAGAGCAGUGUUUCCCAUCGCUUCCACAAGGACUGUGCCUCUCGCGUCAACAACAUGAGCUACUGCCCCCACUGUGGCGAGGAGGCCACCAAGGCCAGGGAGGUGACAAUCGCCAAGGCUGACACGACUUCCACCGUGACUCUGGUGCCCGGGCUGGAGAAGGCUCCCGAGGGCAGGGCUGACACAACUACCGGCAGUGGUGCCGGGACCCAGCUCAUGGAGGGAGACAGACUGCAGAGCUUGACCCUGCAGCCGCAUGAGGGCUUCGAGCUGACGGGGCCAUCGGGUCCUGUGAAGCCAGCACCUGGCCUCCCCCAGGGGCCGGGCAAGGAGACACUAGAGAGCGCUCUGAUAGCGUUGGACUCGGAGAAGCCCAAGAAGCUCCGCUUCCAUCCGAAGCAGCUGUACUUCUCUGCCAGGCAGGGCGAGCUGCAGAAGGUGCUGCUCAUGCUGGUGGAUGGAAUUGACCCCAACUUCAAGAUGGAGCACCAGAGCAAGCGUUGUCCGCUGCACGCCGCCGCUGAGGCUGGCCACGUGGAUGUCUGCCACAUGCUGAUCCAGGCGGGCGCCAACAUUGACACCUGUUCUGAGGACCAGCGGACCCCACUGAUGGAGGCUGCGGAGAACAACCAUCUGGACGCGGUCAAGUACCUCAUCAAGGCAGGGGCACUUGUGGACCCCAAGGACGCAGAGGGCUCUACAUGUCUGCACCUGGCUGCCAAGAAAGGCCACUAUGACGUUGUCCAGUACCUGCUUUCCAAUGGACAGAUGGACGUCAACUGUCAGGAUGAUGGCGGCUGGACGCCAAUGAUCUGGGCCACCGAGUACAAGCAUGUUGACCUCGUGAAGCUGCUGCUCUCCAAGGGGUCUGACAUCAACAUCCGGGACAACGAAGAGAACAUCUGCCUGCACUGGGCGGCAUUCUCGGGCUGUGUGGACAUCGCAGAGAUCCUGUUGGCCGCCAAGUGCGAUCUUCAUGCCGUCAACAUCCAUGGGGACUCGCCGCUGCACAUUGCCGCCCGGGAGAACCGCUACGACUGUGUUGUCCUCUUCCUUUCUCGGGACUCUGACGUUACCUUGAAGAACAAGGAGGGCGAGACACCCCUGCAGUGCGCGAGCCUCAACUCCCAGGUGUGGACGGCCCUGCAGAUGAGCAAGGCUCUGCAGGACUCAGCGCCGGACCGGCCUGCCCCAGCGGAGCGGACGGUGAGCAGAGACAUCGCGAGGGGCUACGAGCGCAUCCCCAUUCCCUGCGUCAACGCGGUGGACAGCGAGCCGUGCCCCAGCAACUACAAAUACGUGUCUCAGAACUGCGUGACGUCCCCCAUGAACAUUGAUAGGAACAUCACUCACCUGCAGUACUGCGUUUGCAUUGACGACUGCUCCUCCAGCAACUGCAUGUGUGGCCAGCUGAGCAUACGCUGCUGGUACGAUAAGGAUGGCCGCCUCCUGCCGGAGUUUAACAUGGCAGAGCCACCUUUGAUCUUUGAGUGCAAUCAUGCCUGCGCCUGCUGGAGGAGCUGCCGCAACAGGGUUGUGCAGAACGGUCUCAGGGCUCGGCUACAGCUCUACCGGACACAGAACAUGGGCUGGGGCGUUCGGGCCCUGCAGGACAUCCCACUGGGCACCUUCGUCUGCGAGUACGUUGGGGAACUCAUCUCCGACUCGGAGGCUGACGUCCGGGAAGAGGACUCCUACCUCUUUGACCUUGACAACAAGGACGGAGACGUGUACUGCAUCGACGCGCGCUUCUACGGGAAUGUUAGCCGUUUCAUCAACCACCUCUGCGAGCCAAACCUGGUCCCUGUGCGAGUCUUUAUGUCCCACCAGGACCUGCGCUUCCCACGCAUUGCACUCUUCAGCACCCGCCCCAUCGUGGCUGGAGAGCAGCUGGGGUUUGACUACGGGGACCGCUUCUGGGACAUCAAAGGCAAGCUGUUUGGCUGCCAGUGCGGCUCCCCCAAGUGCCGGCACUCGAGCGCAGCCCUGGCACAACGGCAGGCCAGCACAGCCCAGGAGACCCAGGAGAAUGGCCUGCCGGACACCAGCUCCUCCGCUACUGCUGACCCCCUAUGAGGGCAGGCGGGGCGGGCAGCUCCAGCGCUCAGUACCGCUUAGACUACGUUUAGAAGACGGGAGCCUGCAGACGUCAAGUGGGCAUGAAGUCUCGGCUGUGCCAGCCACCGGAGGAGACUGGGACGACACUGUCUCGGUUUCUGCCAAGCUCCUGGGUGGGUUGGGGCCACCCCAGUGUGAACGCCACGGCCUUACAGCCAGGCGGCGCUCAGGGCUGAGCAUAACUUUGGGUCCCCGCAGUGGUGCCUCAGCGCAGGCUGUCACUUCCAUGUCUCCCUUUUCCUCCUCUGGCUUUGUGGCGCCCCCCACCUGGGCCAUUGGCAGCGUUCUUCUCUGGAAGAGGCCUGUGCAAGGCUACCAAAGUGCCGUUUCCGUGUGGACUCGGCGCCCGCGUGGCUAUGUGCUGGGCACCAAGAACGCCGCAUCUCCUGACCGCCAUCGCCAUCCUGGACGGUUGGGACAGCGCCACACCACCCGGAGGAAAUUCUGGAGGAAAUGUUGGUUUGCUUUUUAAAAGAAAGUUUCUAUCUAGCCCUGUUUCGAGCCUCUGGCUGCGUCUCCUUGUGAGGAAGCAGCUUGGGGAACGUGAGGGCUGUGCCGGCUGCCGCCAGUGUGGGCGUGAGCACCACCCCUGAUUUUUAAGCCACGCGCCACCAUGACAGUAAACUGAUUUAUUUUCUACCAUUAAUGAACAUUAGGACAGAUGACAAAUAAAAACACAAACACAGACAAUGGUGCUGACCUGGUGUGGUUUCUGCUCACCACGUGGAAUACCAACUGUACGCAAGGACAAAGUGGUUUUAGAAUAAAGCGCAGGAGAACCUUUUUUAAAUGUUAGUCUUGUAGGUGAAUAAACUUGGCCAUCGCCUUUUGUGUGGUGGCCGGCAGUCACAUACUUUUUUUCGGCAUAUACCUUUUUAAAUACUGUAACUAGUGCGGUAACCGUGGGGUUUUUGUGCGACCUUCUAAACAUUCACAAUGCAGUCAUGUUUAUUUUUUUCUGUUAAGAUGUUUUUGACAGUUUUAAGAGCAGUCUUUUGGCUCAGACCAUUUCUUGUUCUGUUUUCAAUGAAAUCAAUAAAAAAGAAGUACUUUAAGUGAGGUUUUUAUCACGACAUCAGGUUUCAGCUUUUCUUUGCUGCCCAUUCUGCCGUCUGACGCCCUAAACCAAGGGCCAGUCGGCCGGGCCAGCCCUGCUUGGGACCUGGCGCAAAUGGGAGCUGGGCACGCGGUUAGCUGCAACUUCAUUUUCUCCCAGACGUGUCCUGGAGGGCA